CGAGCUCCGAGCGCCUGUGCGCAGCUUUUGGGAGCUGAUGCUCCAGCUCGGCUCCAGCAUCUCCCGCAGCCCGCCCGUCCCUGGCACAGCCCGGGCACAGCCCCGGGCACAGCCCCGGGCAGCCUGGCAGCUCCCAGCCCGCUCCUGCCCCUUCAGGGAUCCCAGACAGCGCUCCCAGUGCCCGCUGGAGUUGUCACAGUCGCAAAUUCCCAGCCCCGUGCCCGUCGCAUCCAAGUCCUUGCUCAGCUGAGAUGGUCUUAAACCCACCUCUGCACCACCCCCAUGUUGAUGUUAUUUUUUUUUCUGAUUGGAAAUGACUGCAAUCAGAAAUGAUGAAUCAGAGACUGAAUUUAUGGGAAAAAGUUGAGCAAAGAAAUGCCAUGUUGUUUCACCUUCCUCUUCUGGUAGUGAUUACCACCGUGUGCAGGGGCAAAGGAAGCAGUAAAAGUUUUACAGACCGAGCUUUCAAGAAAGAAAUAUUAUUUUUUUCUUUUGACUUUGUGUCGAGGGAACCCUGGAUGAAAGUUGAGAAGGGUUCAGGCUGCACAUCCAGUGUGAACACGACGCCCUUAAGUUUGAGGUUACUUCUUUUUUUUCUCUUUUCUGAAUGACAAAUCUGGCCUCGUGAAGGUGAAACUAAAUUGCUUUUGUAGCACUUUAAAGUUGCGAUACUCGGGGUGCAGAUGUCUUGCAACUGGCUCGAGCAAAAGCUUCCUGAAACUUUGUUCUUUCACAACCCCUUUCUGAAAUGUCUGCGCUUUUUUUGGUCAACUUCCAGUUUCACAGUUCUCAGCUGUGAAAGAGAAGCAUGAAAUGGCCUCACACCUCGCUUGCCUUCGCUCUGGAGCUGUAAAUAUUGUCACAAAUCACGGCACGGUUUGGGUUGGAAAGUUUGGUUUCAGUGCCUGAUGAUUUUUUGGGGGGAUUCGUGGCGUUUUGGGGGGUUUGGUGGCAGAUGAUGAGCACAGCGGUCCGGCAGCGCUGGGUCGCUCCUGCAUCUCCAGGAGGAGGCUGCAGCCUCCCUUCCCCGCUCCGAGCAUCCCGUCCCAGCGCCGGCUCCGCUCCGGGGCAUCUCCAUUUGUCACCGGCAAACAGCGAAGCCGGCAGAUGUUUUGAAAACAGGAUGCUGGGGCUGCGCAUUAUUAAAGAAAAAACGGAAAGAGAAACAGUCUAGAUAGGAAGAAAGCAAAUGGGCUCGGCAUGCUCCCAAGCGCAGCAGCAGAAUAAACACUGACCUAUCUUCCUGACCUCCGCUCUCGCCAGUUCCUGGCCCCGUGCCACCCAAGCCAAACUACGUCAUUUGAGCCUGAUAGUAGGCAUGGCACAGCUGUUGCAAGUGUGACUCGAAUUUCCUGUCUCCUUCCUGACAGACGUAGUUUAGAAAAUCCAGAGUUGCAACAACAGCGCCGAGAGAGGCAGAGAGGGAGGCUCUCGGCAUCCGUGCGCGCAGGGGCAAAAAAAAAAAAAAAAACCCCAAAAACUAAAAAAGGAGGCAGCGGAGGGGGAAGAGCCAUGCGGGACGGCAGCCGGGCUUUGAGCUGAUGGGGUUCGGCAGGCAGCGAUUAAAACAUUUCAAGAGGAUGCUGAACCGGGAGCUCACCCACCUGUCCGAGAUGAGCCGCUCCGGCAACCAAGUGUCCGAGUACAUUUCCAACACUUUCCUGGACAAGCAGAACGAUGUGGAGAUUCCUUCCCCCACCCAGAAGGACAGGGAGAAGAAGAAAAAACAGCAGCUCAUGACCCAGAUCAGUGGGGUGAAGAAAUUAAUGCACAGCUCGAGCUUAAACAACACCAGCAUCUCACGGUUUGGGGUGAAGACAGAAAAGGAAGAUCACCUGGCCAAGGAGCUGGAAGACCUCAACAAGUGGGGCCUGAACAUCUUCAACGUGGCCAGGUACUCCCACAACCGGCCGCUGACGUGCAUCAUGUACGCCAUAUUCCAGGAGCGGGAUCUGCUGAAAACCUUCAAGAUCUCGUCGGACACGCUGGUGACGUACAUGAUGACCCUGGAGGAUCACUACCACUCAGACGUGGCCUACCACAACAGCCUGCACGCUGCUGACGUGGCCCAGUCCACCCAUGUGCUGCUCUCCACCCCUGCCCUGGAUGCUGUCUUCACGGAUCUGGAAAUCCUCGCUGCCAUUUUCGCAGCAGCAAUCCACGAUGUGGAUCACCCCGGGGUCUCCAACCAAUUCCUGAUCAACACAAAUUCCGAGCUGGCCCUGAUGUACAACGACGAGUCCGUGCUGGAGAACCAUCACCUGGCCGUGGGCUUCAAGCUGCUGCAGGAGGAGCACUGUGACAUCUUCCAGAACCUGACCAAGAAGCAGCGCCAGACCCUCAGGAAGAUGGUGAUUGACAUGGUGUUGGCCACUGAUAUGUCCAAGCACAUGAGUCUGUUGGCUGAUCUGAAGACUAUGGUGGAAACUAAGAAGGUGACCAGCUCAGGAGUUCUCCUGCUGGACAAUUACACAGACAGAAUACAGGUUCUGAGGAACAUGGUGCACUGUGCAGACCUGAGUAACCCCACCAAGUCCCUGGAGCUGUACAGGCAGUGGACAGACAGGAUCAUGGAGGAGUUCUUCCAGCAGGGAGACAAGGAGAGGGAGAGGGGGAUGGAAAUCAGCCCCAUGUGUGACAAACACACAGCCUCCGUGGAAAAAUCCCAGGUGGGAUUCAUCGACUACAUCGUGCACCCUCUGUGGGAGACCUGGGCUGACCUGGUGCAGCCCGACGCCCAGGACAUCCUGGACACCCUGGAGGACAACAGGAACUGGUACCAGAGCAUGAUACCUCAGAGCCCCUCCCCUCCCCUGGAGGAGCGGGGCCAGGACUGCCAGGGCCUGAUGGAGAAGUUCCAGUUCGAGCUGACGCUGGAGGAGGAGGAUUCGGACGGGCCCGACAAGGAGGGCGAGAGCCUGGGCUACUUCAGCACCACAGAGACGCUGUGCACGGCCCAGGCGGGCCAGGAGGAGCCCCAGAGGGAGGCCACCAUCGAGAUUGUGACAGAAGACACGUCUCCUGUGGACACAUAAUGGCCCGGCCCCGCGGGAGUGGCUUUGAAACACUUGCGGGGCGCGAGCAGCCCCUGCGGCGGGGCUGGGCUCUGCUGGGCUGCCAGAGCCCCCAGCUGCCCCAGCUGGAGCCAGGGCACGGACAGGGCAGGGGAUGAUUGCUCAGGAAAUGCAGUGCACGGCUGGCUGCUUGUGCUUUGAGCCUCGUGGGCCCAGAGCUCCCGGAGCUGGGCCCGGGGCGGCGCUGACACACAGCUGGGAGAUUUUCUACUGUUAGUUCUGGAGUUCAUACCAGUUAGAGUGAUAGAAACUACUGAUCAAUAACUCAUAUCCAACCUGUCCACCUGUCUGCAGACCUGUGUGCCUUCUUUGUAAACACUUUCAUGUCUUUUCCAGAGUCUCUUGAUCCAACACACGGAGCUUGGUAGUUCAAAAGCGACACAAGGUGUUCGGGAAUCGACGGCCACUUUUUGGAUUCUUCCUGUUACCAGAAGCAGUCUUCCUUUUUUUUCAUGGGCAAUACCUGUCACUUUAUUGCAGUUAAUCACUUUGACAGACUAAACAGAAGGGGAAACCCUCUGCUUUGCAUUGCUGCACCUUCAGUGUGUUCUUAUUCCCCCCGGUGACCCGUCGGGGGUCGCUCGGUGCCGUCGUGCGCCCUUCCCUCGCUGGGAUUUUUCCUCCCUGGGGUUUGGGUUUGUGGUGAGCAGGACAGAGGGCAGUUUUUGGGUUUUUUUUUAUCUCAGUCCAUCCCUGAGUAAGCGUGGCAAGGCAGCGUGUGGCACGCCCUCCCCCUCGGCAGCUCCCCGGAAUUUGCACGCUCGGAUAUUUGUGUUUCUCUGGCCUCUCGUCCACGUUCCCUAGGUUUAGAUCCAUCCUCCUCCUGCACUGCCUCGAGCUUUACCACCUCCAUUACUGUUUAUAACAGUGUAUUUAUUACCUACUGUACAUACUGUAAUGUUUUGUAAGUUAUUAAUUUAUAUGAAUUAGCAUCGCCUGUCGGCGGCGAUGCUAAUGGGGUAGAAAACUCGGAAUAAGAGUUGCCUUUUUUUUUUUUUUUUUUUUUUCUUGUAACCUUUUGUAUUGCAUAAAGUCCCAGAACCUGAACAUAGCUGAAGAGACAGACACAACCCAGGAAGGGCAUUCGGGUGGCAGCCGCCCGUGGGGAGGGGACAGCUCAUCCCAGGGCAGCAAAUUUGGGAAUUUGCCAGGAGCACAGAGAGGGGGAACCGAGAACAAAGAGCUCCCCACGCCCGGGCCGGCUUUUCAAUGUCACAAUGUUCCAAUUUCUGAACAACCCAAUGUGAAUUUCUAUGACAUUAAAAAAAAAAAAAAAAAAAAAAAAAAAAGAGAAAAAGAAAAAAAAAAAAGUGAACUGAUGUAAUAAUUGUGCUGUGAAACUUCCUCUGACAAAGCUUGUCCGGCAUCGUGAGCGGUGUCAAUCUCAGUUUGUAAAAUAUGUUUCAAGCUUUUUGGUCCAACUCGUGACUAAUUAGUUCAUGACAAUAGCACAGUUGUGCAUGAUCAAUGGGUUUGUUUGUCUGUUGAACACUGCAUUGUUCCAGGUGGUUAUUUUAUUGUUCCCCAAAGUUUCACACUAUGUAUGUUAUAGUAUUCUAUAUUGUGUUCAGACGCAUUCUUAAGAGAUUUUUAUAUGAAGUGAAUAAAUGAAAGCAUGACCCAG